AUGGAUCUCUUCACGUCUGCCGCAGUUUUACAAUGUUCCAUUUCCUACAAAGUGUGUUAUCUUUUGUUGGCUUUCUUAUUCCCAUUUUGUCAAACACUGCUUGCAAGAGCUCCAGCACUAGUUCCACUAUCUCCAUUUGUAUCUAUAUUGAAUGCUCCAACAGAGCUUUGCAUGAAAAAAUUCAAAAUUAAUGUAGACAUAGGACUUUUCCAAAUGACAGGAAGCACAUUACGAUCUUCAAGGGGUCAGAACAUCUCACUGUUCUAUACUGAUAGACUAGGUUAUUAUCCCUAUAUAAAUCUGACUACAGGACAGAGCUAUAAUGGUGGUAUCCCUCAGAUGGUAAAUAUGGAUCAACAUUUAAAGAAGGCUAAAGAAGACAUUCUGUACUACAUGCCGUACUCCACGCAAAAGGGCUUGGCUGUAAUUGACUGGGAGGACUGGAGACCCUCAUGGAUUAGAAACUGGGCAUCUAAAACUAUCUACAGGGACAAAUCUAUUGAGUUUGCCCUAAAGAACGAUUUAACACUCAACAAAGAAAAAGCUACAGAAGUUGCCAAAGCUCAAUUUGAAUUUGCUGCAAAAAGUCUUAUGCUGAACACAUUAAAGUUAGGAAAAUCACUAAGACCAGAAUACUUGUGGGGAUUUUAUAAUUUUCCAAAUUGUCAAAAUUAUGACUAUAACCAACAUCCUGAUACGUAUAACGGAAAUUGCCCCGAUAUAGAAAAGUCAAGAAAUGAUGAACUUAGCUGGUUAUGGAUUGAAAGCUCGGUAUUUUAUGUAAAUAUUUAUCUGGAAUCUUCAUUAAAGUCUAAAAAUAACGCAGCCCUUUAUUCCCGCUGUCGUAUCCAGGAAACAAUGAGAUUAUCUUCUCUAUCAAAUUCUUCUUAUUCUCUGCCAAUUUAUGCAUACUUUCGUCCAGUGUAUACUGAUCAAUAUGAAGAAUAUUUAUCUAAGUAUGACCUAAUAAAUACAAUUGGAGAAAGUGCUGCCCUUGGAGCCGCUGGAUUUAUCCUGUGGGGAGAUACGGAACUCACUGUCAGUGAGAGAACCUGCACAGCAUUAAAUAACUACCUCAUUGACAUUCUAAAUCCCUAUAUCAUCAAUGUCACAUUAGCAGCAAAACUUUGCAGCGCUGCUCUUUGCCAAAACAAUGGAGCGUGUGUACGGAAGCAAUGGAACUCACACAAUUAUCUGCAUCUGAAUGGAAACAAUAUGAUUAUUGAACAGAAGUUUGGAUCGUAUAGUGUAAGAGGGCAGCCAACCUUAGCAGAUCUGGAGCAAUUUGCAGACAGAUUUACUUGUGACUGUUAUGUGGGAUCAAAUUGUAAAGUACCUUCUGAUUUUAGUACCCUUGGUCAGAUAAAUAUAUGUAUCAAACAAAAUAUAUGUAUAAAUGCAAGUUUUACCAUAAACACCAACCCUAACAUAAAAACUGUAGACCUAUCUACACCUACUUCAGCAUCUACUAAUAAGUCACAAUUAUUUAGCAAUGUAUUAUUCUUGGUGUUUAUUUUUGUUCUUUGCUAG